AAUAAUAAAAAGAAAGAGAAGACCGGAAGUGGAAUGAUUUGGGUCAAGGCUCACCAAUACAAGAAAACCCUUCAUCUACUGCGUGUUCUCUACUAAAGAAAGUCUGAUCAAAAGCAAUUUGAAAGAUGACGUCUCGUGUUUUCCUCUCCUUUAUCUUGCUAUCCAUUGCUGUGUCUUCAGCAUUGGCGAUAACCUGCCAAACGUGCAACCUGACUACAACAAGAGAGGCCUGUUCGCAGAACUACGAAUCCACAAACUGUGACAACGUGAAACUCGACGAAACGAACAUCACAGCAGACUCUUGCUUUACUAUGAAUGCAACAAAAUUAGACGGUAGCCCUGUCUUCAUCCAACACUGCACACUUAAGGCUGGCUGUGACUACAUUUGCAGUUAUUUCAACCGAACUCACCUGGCCUACACACUGAAAACCUGUCAAGCAAAUUGUUUCGUGGAGAGCAUCACUCCGUCCACAGCUCCGUCCACAGCUCCGUUCACGAAUCCGUCGACGACUCCAUCCCCUAUUUCGUCCACGACUCCGUCCACAACCACUCAAAAACCACCCACCACUUCUGGUAAUAGAGUUGAUCUGGCUUUUGGUCUUAUAGCGGCUCCGAUAUUCAUAUGGCUUCUGCACUAAUGGGAACUUAGCGAUCRAUCUUUCUAGCUCAUAAAAAAUUCAUCAUAUAGCGAGAACUAGCUUGUUGUAUUUUUAUAAUCAGCUUUUUAAUCAAUUAAAAUGCGCUAAAACUAAUAGAAAAUAUUUGGAAUGAGCUUGAGAAAGUGAAAGCUUAACGUGGCAAGACCGGAGAUUCAACGCGGUGCCGUUUGACAUCGUGAAUAAUUUACGGGAACUUCAUAGCUGCCSGCAUCAUGUUGGAAGAUUUUCACUGGAUAUUUUAAAGACUAAAUUAAUAGAAAGAAUAAAUAAAGAUUGCCAAUUGAAAUGAA